AUGACCAGCCCGUACAACGCGGGCUAUACUGUCUACAUGAAGGUUACGGGGGGGGAGGACCCGUCGUCAGUCCCGACCACGAGCCAGCCAGACCCGCACGGGCCGAAGUAUCCCGACGGCCUGCUGCUCCACGACAAGAACGCGUACGAGGGCUUCGGGGCUGUCGAGAUCGACGGCAUCGACAACACCACGUUCGGCUCGGAGGAGGAGUGCAUGCAGCGGUGCACCGCGUACCCCAUGUGCGGGUGCGCUUUGUUCGAGCGGUCCACCGGCAGAUGUUGGCGUCGCUGCGAGUGCGACGCGCGCAAGAUGACCAGCCCCUACAACGCGGGCUUCACGACCUUCAUGAAGAGGGGCGGGGAGACGAAAAAGUGCGUGCUUCCUGUGGCGACCAAGUUUGUUCCUCGCGACGAUUAUCCAGCGGCGCGCGUCGUGUGGUCGGACGAAUUCGAGGGGGACACCCUGGACGCCGACAAGUGGGACGCCCGGGAGGACGGCAUCGUCUACAACGACGAGCUGCAGAUGUACAAGAAGCAGGGGAACACGCACCUUUCCGACGGCGUCCUGCGCAUGAGCGCCAAGUGCGAGAAGUACAGGGGUUACAACUUCACCUCCGCGAAGAUGCACAGCAAGCGCUUGUUCCGAGCAGGCCACAGGGUCGAGGCGCGGCUCAAGAUGUCCAAGGGCCGUGGAGCGUGGCCGGCGUUCUGGCUCAUGGGCAACGGCACAGACGUGUGGCCACGGAUCGGCGAGAUUGACAUUCUGGAGUAUACAAACUGCGCCGGAGAGGUGAUGGGCAACCUGCACUAUCUCAAUCGAAACGGAGAGGGCGCGCUCAACACUUAUAAGAUGCCGGGAGACGACGUGCAGAAGUGGCACCAGUACCGCAUCGAUUGGACGUCAGACGGUAUUAGUUUUUUCGUCGAUGACGAAUUCGUUGGUCAUGCAGUUGCUCACGAUACGUAUGCCGCGUGGCCGUACAACACGAACGAAUACUUCAUUAUCUUGAACUUGGCUAUAGGAGGCAGCCUCGGGGGCUUCUGCCUGAAGGACGGCGCCGAGCCCGAGUGCAACCAGACCCUCGACGUGGACUGGGUUCGGGUGUCCGAGCUCUCUUAG